AUGGAAAUUGAACAUAAAAUAGAACUUGUUCAUUCUGAUUAUCAUAUUCAAGCAUUGAAACUUGAAUAUGAUCGUCAUAAUCCAAACGAAUAUCAAAAAAAAAUAUUUAAACAAUUGUGUCGUAGUAAGUAUGAACAAGAAACCCAAGGGGGUAAGUGCUGCACCAUUGCACCAAAAUAUGCUCAAAGGUGCUGAAAAGGUGCUGAUGUGCCGAGAUGGUGUUGAAAAGGUGCCGAGGUGCUGAAACGGUGCUGAGGUGCUGAGAUGGUGCUGAGAUGGUGCUGAGGUGCUGAGAUGGUGCUGAGAUGGUGCUGAAAUGG